CCUGUGCGACCGUAGGCUCAACCUGAUUGGGCCAUUUUACAAAAAGGAAGUGAAAACAUGUUGCGCUUUUUCGAGCACGAUGAACUAUAGGCACGCAGGAUAUUUGUGGACAAUAUGAAAUAAGUAACUGCACGCUAAACCCUUUUUACCAGCUGCAGGCAGCUCUUACAGCGUGCGAGAGCUGGAAAUGCAAAAGGUUCACUUUACAGAUGGACACUCGAGAUUCAUUUGAGAGCUCAGACGCCGCUUCCUGGUUUGUUGGACGCAAAGAGAAAUAAAAGUCCGCGUGUCAUUCAUAAAGAUAAGCCAGACUCUGCAGAGGGGCAGAAAUGGAUCAAGCACGACCCCAAACCACACAGGAAAGCAAGGGGUCAGUGUCACAGCGGUACAAGGAACACAGUGAUGACUCCACUGACAAGAGGGCUACCGACAACACUGUGUCUCCGGCUAAGGAUGAGAAGAGGGCGAUCAGAAGAGUGCGAAGUCCAUCCAGACCGAGGGCAUGGUUGUCCGCUUCUUACAAACCAAAGUUUGCAGGACGGUUCCACAAGCCUCGUUUUACAAGGGAUGACCAUGCAUUCCACAAAGCCGGCUUUGGCACCCAGCGGCACCACCACAUGAGCCACUGGGCUUACGUCCACCGGAGAGAUCACUUCCAUUCUAAACUUCACCACAUUCCACUGAAGGAAAGGGUCAGGCUGAAGGAGUGGGAGAAGGAGAAGUACAAGCGGAGAGAGAGCACUGAAGGAAGCUCAUCUCCAAAGCAAGACAACACUACUAGACCUUUCUCUUCAAGGUCCUCCUCCAGCAGAGACAAGGACAUGCAGUUCACCGUAAGUUCACCUAGCGACAGGAAUCAAAGCAGGGAGAGAGAUCACAAGGGGACAAAAAGCAAAGAACGAAGCGGAGAGAGGGAGCUCCCUUCAACUGUGAGCCAGACGGCGGCACGAGACAGAGCCAUCCAACAGAAGAGGAAAGAGAUAGAUGAGGUGUACUAUCAGGAGUGUGAAAUGUUUGGCUUUGUAGUAAAGAUGCUGAUUAAAAAGGAUCCAUCUCUGGAGCGUCCCAUCCAGUCCUCUUUACAGCAGAACCUCCGGGACAUCGGCAAACGCUGCGUAGAAGCAAUGGAGAAAUUUAUCGAGGACUACGACUCCAGGGAGCCGUCACACUGAUCAGACACGCCAUGCUGCCUGUGUUCUUAGUCUUUUAAAGUGCUGAGAACUUGAUUUGAUUUAUUGCUGCUUUUGUUUUCUUAUUUGUAAUAAUCUUGUGCAUUGCUGUCUGUUUCUUGGAUAAUAGUCCCCUCUGUCUACAGUGUAAUUCUGAACACUGGUAAAAACGUUUUGAUUAUGCUUGUUAUUUUGAAAAUGUGCUGGUGAUGAUGACGAUGCACUGGUUGUAUUGCUUUAAAAGGUCUCAUAUAGACUGAAAUAUAUUUUGGCAUAAUUUAUUUUUGCUUGCAAUAAACUUUGUUUACAGCGUUUUAAA